CAGCUGCCCCCGCUACCCGGUCGGAUAAGUGGAUGAAAAUGGAUGGAUGGAUGGAUGGAUGGAUGGAUGGAUGGAUGGAUGGAUGGAUGGGAACAGUAGGGGGUGAGAAUACGUCCCCCUAGUCUGGAAAAAGCAACAGCAAGAGGUUUAGCUUGGCUCAUCUAGCUUUUCACGGAGGUCCAGUUUGGAUUUAGGUGAUUCUACACACUCUGCAGCUGCCAAAUACUAGGCAACCAUACUAACCCUCUAUAGACUAAAUACCACUGACAUCAGGUCUUUUGGAAAAUCCACAUUAAGUCAUAGUGGACUCAGUCAUUCAAUAAAAAAAAAACCUCAUACAAACAUGAAAUCGAAUGCUAAAGUUCACAGGAAGAGGAAGGUGUCGUCUACACUCUGUGAGCUGUAGUUCAGUCUGAUGUUCAGUCAAAGGCAAGACAACAUGGAGGCUGCAGCUCUCUGCUUCAGACUGUGUGAGUGCUGACUCUCAUUCUGCUGUAUGCACAUGUUCAGAACAGAGGUUCAUGCUAAAGACACAGAAUUAUUUUUGUUUUACAGGUUGACACAAACCAAGUUUUAAUGCUCAGGCAAGGUUAAAAACCACAGCGGUACUGACUGAUGCACUGACUAUUUUUAAAGAGCCACAUGUGAUUUCUUUCAGUCAGUAAAUGUUCUGUGUUUAUUUUAGAGUCACAGAUGCUGGUGGUAAACUGAACCUUUGUUCAUCAAGAUCACAGAUUUGUUCCAGAACCUCCAGGGCUGUCAUCCCUUAGCUACUGUUGGAUACCUUCUGUCUCACAUUUGUAAAGAGAGAAAUGGUUUGAAUCAAAUGCUUUGGACCCUUUUUCCACCUCACUUUCACUGCCUCAGUUUGACCACAAACAUAACAGGAGUGUUAACAAUUCAGAUCAAUAUUGGUUUCUGUAAAAGGACACUGACAGGAGGAUCUGACAUUCUAACGACCAACCCAAGAACUGGUGGAUAAACCACAGUCACCCCCUGUUAACUAACCAAGGGUUUACUGUGUCAGCUGGAGGGGCAGGGAUGGGUGACACUAACUAUAGGAACCAAUAGACUAUAUUGACGUAACUGUAAAAGAAAUGCAGAAAUAACUGCACAGGAAGAGGAGGUUCUCAGCUACAUACUUCAGCUGUGUUUCAGUCUGACAGUCAGUCAGCAGGAAGGCAACAUGGAGGUCACAACUCUCUGCUUCAGACUGUUGAUGCUUGAAUUUACUCUGCUGGGGACACAAGUUCAGGAUAGUUCUACUCAGCAACGUGAUGCAGCAUUUCUCCAUAUCGCUCCAAACCGCCAGCAACACUUUGAGUACGAGUCUGUCACUUUUCAUUGUGAGGGGUUUAAUGAUUCCACCCAGCUGCGAGGGAUCAGGAAUGCAAAGGAAUUUAAUCCAUUAUGUGACAUUAAGGGGACAUCAGCAGGGUCCUUCUGUACUUUUGAUCAGAUCUAUGCAGCUGACAGUGGAGAAUACUGGUGUGAGACUGAAGGAGGACAGAGGAGCAACAGUGUCAACAUCACUGUCACUGAUGGUUCCGUGAUCUUGGACAGUCCUGUUGUACCUGUGAUGGAGGGACACACUGUGACUUUGCACUGUAGAAACAAGACAAUUCCCAACCUUGGUGCUGAAUUCUACAAAGAUGACGUCCUUGUGGAAAAGAGUCCUGCGGGAAAGAUGAUCAUCCACAGAGCUUCACUGUCUGAUGAAGGACUCUACAAGUGCAGCAUCCCCCUUGUUGGAGCAUCUCCAGGAAGCUGGCUUGCGAUUAGAGCUAGUUCUGUGGUCCUGAAGAGUCCGGUCCUCCCCGUGAUGAAGGGAGACGAUGUCAUGCUGAGCUGCAGGAAGAGGGAGAAUUCCUCCAGCAUCACAGCUGAUUUCUUUAAAGAUGGCCGCCUCAUCAGGAGCAGCUCUACAGGAGAGAUGAGCAUCCACAGAGUUUCCAAGUCUGAUGAAGGACUCUACAAGUGUAACAUCUCUGGAGCUGGACACUCACCAGAGAGCUGGUUGGCUGUCAGAGAGUCUUGUGCCUUCUCAGACGACUUAGCUGUUGUUUUCUUCCUCUCAAGGACCGUUCUCACCAUUUUGAUGUUUCCUCUGCUGCUGCUGGUGGGACUGCUUCAUUGUGGGAAACUCAGAGAUAGACACCAGUAACUAAUACUGAUAUACAUGUAACUGAAUGAUAGAUUAUAGUAUCUUGAGGCUUGUUUGGUCAUAAAGAUAAUAAUGCAAUGAGAAUCCCAACAUGCUUUGAGUCUGGGAGCUUUGGCAGUUGAAAAAUGAUGCACUUUAAAAGGCAGUUACCAAAAUGCAUCUGUUUUCACUUUUAUUAUAGUUCAACUUUAGUGUUAAACUUCUCUGUGCUGCGUGUUCAGUCUUGCAGUGGCUGUUUGACUUUCUCACGCUCAGACAAGGCUUAAAAACCACAGAGGUGAUGACUGAUGCAUCGACUAUUUUUACAAAGCCAUGUCAGUGUCAGUUCUCUCAGUCAGUAAAUGUUGUUCUAUGUUCUGUUUUAGAGUCACAGAUGCUGGUGAUAAUUUGAGCUCCUCAGACACAAACCACACGAGAAAAUGUCUGUAUGUAUGUAGGUGAGGCGUUCAGGAGGCUCAGUAGACACAACAAAUUGGUCAUGGUGGAAAGCGC